CCCUCAGCCUCUGGCCGCUGUAUGAACCCCCUCCCCGGUAGGAGGAGCUCGGAAUCUCCCAGGAACAUCGCGAGCGUGGUGUGGCUCACCGGGGGACCGCCGGUACCGGUAAUCACCCUCACCUCCUAGCGACCGGCAUCAUAGCUACCGGAAGCUGCAGGACAGUGAGUGCUGCUCAGAGAUAUGCGCUCAGUCCUGGUACCGUAAACUUACCUGAGCGGCACCGUCUUAUGCCGGCUCGGAAACAGGCGGCACCGGAACCUGCCGGGAAGCAAUGAUUAGGCCCAGUUUGUAGACUCCAUCUGGACUUCGCACAGAUUGGUACCGAAGUGAUUAAGACGAAACCUACCCGGUCUCUAUACCGGCUUCAUUAAAACAACAGAGAACCGACAACCGAUAACCAUGGCCCUAGUGACCCUGCAGCGGUCCCCGACCCCCAGCGCUGGCUCCUCAGCUAGCACGAGUGAGGAGUUUGGCAAUGAUGAAGAUCGUAAAGCGAAUGUGAGCUUGAGUGACAGUUUUUUCAUGGUGAAGGGAGCUGCCCUCUUUUUGCAGCAAGGGAACAGCUUCCAGGGGCAAAAGAGUCUUCUUCACUUGCACAAGAAUGCUGGUGAUCUACCCCAGCAUCUCCAGAUGAUGAUCAAUCUCCUCCGAUGUGAAGAUCGUAUUAAACUGGCUGUUCGCUUGGAGAGUAGUUGGUCUGACCGCGUGCGUUACAUGGUGGUUGUGUACACUAAUGGACGUCAGGACACAGAGGAAAACAUUUUACUAGGGGUGGAUUUUACUAGCAAAGAAAGCAAAAACUGCACAAUCGGAAUGGUUCUGCAUUUGUGGAGUGACACCACUAUCCGACUGGAUGGAGAUGGGGGAUUUAGUGUCAACACUGCAGGGAGAACCCAUGUAUUCAAGCCGGUGUCUGUUCAGGCCAUGUGGUCAGCUCUUCAGAUUUUGCACAAAGCCUGUGAGGUUUCCCGGCGCCACAAUUAUUUUCCAGGAGGGCUUGCUCUUGUGUGGGCCACGUUCUAUGAGAGCUGCAUCAGCUCUGGUCAGAGCUGCAUCAAUGAGUGGAAUACCAUGCAGGACUUGGAGUCCACAAGACCAGACUCGCCUAUCCUCUUCAUGGAAAAGCCAAAUGAAGGGGAGAAAACUGAAUUGGUUAUCAAGGCAACACUUCGGAGCAUCAUGAUGAUCAAAGAUUUGGAGAAUGUGACUUGCAAAGAGAUCCGCAAUGAGGUGGAAAAGAAGUUGAGCUGUAAUCUGAAGGAGUAUAAGGAAUAUAUAGACAAUGAAAUGCUACUGAUCCUUGGUCAAAUGGAUAAAGCCUCUCUCAUCUUUGAUUAUUUGUAUCUGGGUUCUGAAUGGAAUGCAUCAAACAUUGAGGAGCUGCGCAGUGCAGGGAUUGGCUACAUUCUAAAUGUGACCAGGGAAAUAGACAAUUUCUUCCCUGGCCUUUUUGCCUACCACAAUAUCCGCGUGUAUGACGAGGAGACCACAGACUUGUUGUCCCACUGGAAUGAGGCGUACCAUUUCAUCAAUAAGGCAAAGAAGAACCAUUCCAAGUGUCUGGUUCACUGCAAAAUGGGGGUUAGUCGCUCUGCUUCCACCGUCAUUGCAUAUGCCAUGAAAGAGUAUGGCUGGUCUAUGGAGAAGGCAUACAGCUACGUAAAGCAGAAGCGCAGUGUGGCUAGGCCAAAUUCAGGGUUCCUGCGCCAGCUGUCCGAGUAUGAGGGAAUCUUGGAUGCGAGUAAACAAAGGCACAACAAAUUGUGGAGACAACAUGUGGAAAGCGGACUACCACCAAAUGAGUUUGACUUAUUUCCUGACACAUUUCAACCAGUUAACUUAGAUGGCGAGUUGAACUGCAGACUAAAUGAGGAUGAUAUGGGCCCUAAGAUUCUAACGGACAGCAGGUAUUUUAGGCAUCUGACCCAGUCUCAUGAAUUAAUUCAGCCAUCAAAUGUACUUCUGGAAGUGGAUGAACUAGAGCGAGAUGUCCUCUUGGAAGAGGUUCCUUACUGUACUGCUGAAGCCAACGAAAAGGACCAACAGUGGAAGGGAGGCGAGCUGUUGCCAGAAAAUUCCGACUUGAAAGACAGAGAAGUGAGGAAGAAAUUGGUUUUUGAAAACACCAUGAAGCCUAAAAAUCUUGAAGAUGAUUUCAAGGCCACAGAAAACCGGAGACAAGAACAAGUGGCUUCUGUCUCUACAGAGGCUCACAAUGAGGAUGUAGGCACUAACAAAGAAAACACAAACAGUAGUAGCAAGAGAACCUGCCCUACGGACAGUGAGGAUGAUGCCAUUUUUGGAAUCCUUAGCAAGGUGAAGCCUCCAUACCCAUCAUGUGCAGACUGUAUGUACCCGUCAAAAGAGGAGCCACAGAUGUUGAAUCCUAAGCAAGCAGAAGAUUCUCCAACUAUCUGCAGUCAGCCUGCAUUAUUACAGCACAUGACUUCGGCUGUUUUGGACAGAAUGCAGAGGCGCCCAUGGGGCAAAGAGCUCACGUCGUCAUGCCCUGCACAUAUGCAAAAAGGUUCCACUGGUUUUCAUGUAAAAGCCACCGACAAGCAUUUCAGUGACUCUGAUAAGCCACUUGUUGGAGCUGCACCAUCGGAGUCAUGUACCAAUCAACGUUCUGCAUCUAAGAAUGAUCUGAAAGAGGCGAGCGACUCUAAAUACUUUAUUUUUAGUAAAGAAUUUGAAAAAACGACAAUGCACAGCUACUUAAUGCAACAUCAAGAAUCCAUUAUUCAACUUCAAAAAGCUGGCUUGGUCAGAAAGCAUACCAAAGAACUGGAACGUCUCAAGAGUGAAAGCUCAUGUGCCAAAGAAAGUUCUUCAGAAAAGACAGAUUUUGUUGCAUCAGCUCAAAGCAAAGAUGUAGAGGCUCAACAAGAGAUGGAUAUGGGAGGUUGUGGUCGAAAGCCUAGCAUAGAAAAAGCAGACGAUCUUAGCAUUUUAGAUGGGAUGUUUCAGAAGACCUCUACUCCAUGCCUUUUCAAGAUGGAUCUCAUCAGCAGUUACACAAAAGACUUCCUGAAAACCAUAUGCUACACACCAACCUCAUCCUCACUCAGCUCUAAUCUCACUCGUAGCUCAAGUAGUGACAGCAUCCAUAGUGUCCGUGGCAAGCCGGGGCUGGUAAAACAGAGGACUCAAGAAAUUGAAACAAGAAUGCGUCUGGCUGGUCUCACGCUUUCUUCCCCGCUUAAGAGGUCUCAUUCUCUUGCUAAACUGGGAAGUCUCAAUUUUUCUAGUGAUGACUUAUCAUGUGACAUGGACAGCUUUCAGAAAUCUGAGUGCAAGAAUGCCAAGUUAGUAGACAGCCCAGUCUUUACGGACACGCUGUCCUCAUCAGCGACGAUAGAAUCUCCUUCCAAACUCAUGGAGACUGUAGCUACACCGUAGAAGAAGGAGCACGUUUUUUUUUUAUUAUUUUUCGAUCCCUAUUUAUUUGUUGUUGCCAAUGUCACUUUUACUGUAUCCCUGAACUAAACAUGAAAUGCACAAAUCUGUAUGGGAAUGUUUAGAUUUUGUUGGUUUUUACUACAGUGACUAAAGUCUUUGCUCCCAAAUUGAGCAGGUUGAGAAUAUAAUUAUGCAAUUAUUAGUAAUGUUUUUGU